AUGUUGUCUCGCAUUUCACUGUUGUUUCUGCUGUUAUCAUACGGAUUUCGCACCAAGGCAUGUCGUGAAAUACCUGAAGAUGAACAUGUUCUGGAUGUGUCACAUGACCUAGAAGAUUAUAAAAUAAUCAAAGCCAACGACACGGUCGAUGGCUUCAACAUUUCUGGUUGUAUACUUCUUGGUGAUUAUGCGAUGCGAGUGGUGGAAGACGACUGGUCCAUCAGGUUGUAUCUGACUUCUGAAAAAGGUAGGGAACUUUUGCGCAGGGUAAAAGCUAUAAGGUAAUUAUGAAGGGGGUGGGCUAGGAGUUGGGCUAUGGCAAGAACUAACUCUAGAAAAAAGCUAACGUAGCGUAGAGUAAAAGACUGGGUAUGGCAAAAAAUAGGGUAAUUAUGAAAAGCAUGAGUAGUUAAGGCUAGGGCAGGGUAAAAAAAGAACGAAGGGGAUGCAGGAUAAUACAAAAUUUGAAGAACUGGUUUAUGAUAAAAAUAGUACAGGGCUAGGGCUGGAGCUUGGAUCAUGGCAAAGAAUAUGACAAAGACUAAGACCAGGGUGAGGGCAGGUUAAAAAGUAAAUCAAGGUAAGGUCUAGGUCCAAUGCUACGGCUAGGGCUACAACCAGCGUUUUGCCCAUACCGUCCGGCCAAAUUUUCACCACACGGUCCAAGAAGAACACUGGCUACGGCUAGAGCUGGGCUUAGAACUAUGGAAAAGACUGGAGCUAAAGCUUGGAUUAGGGUUCGAGCUAUGAUAAAGGCUAAGGUCAGGGUUAGGGUUAGAUUAAAGCUAAACAACAUUAUUUUUUUUAAAUUAAUUAAUAAUAAUAUUUUCAGACAAGUUUGCUCCCGAAGAAUUGGUAAAGGCUUGGGAAAAGAUAAUUGCUGCUCACUGGGACUCGUUGGCUUAUGGCACCAGGUAUUUUGUAAGUCUUUCCAUUAGAAUAUUACCUAAAAAUUUCCAAUUUUUAAGUUUUUGUUUUUUCGACCAUAUUGUUACCUAAAAAGUUGACUUUUAUAACUAGUGCUAGGUGGGUGACUUCAAUCUAUGAAAGGUAGCUAGACUUGAAAUGGGGCCUACUCGGGCAAGCCCUUACUAGGGAAUUGCACCAAAUAUCCCUCGUCUUUUUGAACAAGACCUAUAUAGGAUGAAAGAGCAUAAAAAGUUACCGGAAACUGUUUUUAAAAACUGCUAAAUAGAUUCGGCUAGCGAGAUAUUAGCGAUUAAAGGAUUUAAGGGUUUUCUAUUUGAACUUUCUCUUUCGUCUUGAGCAAAACGAAUGGAUUGAAGCUUCAAUCCAGUGUGGUCGAGUGGUUAAUAAGUUAAUCUGGGGUGCAAAAUUGGGGAACUUCGAAUCCCGCCGGUUUCAUUUUGGCGCCUAUACUGACAGAAAUUUUUGGCUAGCCAAACAAUAUUUUGAUUGAAAAAAUAUUUUGUAAGUUGUAUUUUUUGCUUUUAGACACUUUUAGGAAGAAAUAGUUAUCAAAAAAUAUCAUUUUUUGAACUUUAAAGCUAUACCUUUUAAAUAUAUAAGGAUAUAAAGCAUACUGUAACUUGCUAGCCAAGUCGAUUUAGCAGUUUUUCAAAACAGUUCUCCCGAUAACUUUUUAUGCUCUUUCAUCCUAUAUAGGUCUUGUUCAAAAAGCUGAGGGAUAUUUGGUGCAAUUCCCUAGUUAGGAAAUUAAUAAGGGGCUUAUCCAAAAAAUCGGGUUUUUUUUAUUUUAUUUUUUGUAUUAUUACAAGUCUAAAGGUAGCGAAAACCUUUUUUAGGAUGCAGUACCAAGACUGGGAGGGGUGAUUGCACUUUUGCGUGAAGGAAGUCCUAGCGAAAAUUGCUAUUUCUCCUUGUUUUUGAAUAUGCAGUGUUAUUUGGAUAUCAAGAAAGAACUUUUUCAAUACAAACGCAUAGCUGUUCGACUGUAAGUGAUAUAUUGUUGUAGGUAAACUGAUACUAAAUUUUUUAGUUAUUUAUAGUACUUUAGGUACAGUAAGUCUUUUUAUUGGCAGUAAAGUUUAUGUCUUGGUUAAAGGAUCUAUUUUAAGGGAUAAUGCAAGGGCAAAAAAAAGUUUUGUUGUUUUUUAGUACUGAAGUACAUGUAAAACAACGACAAGACUUUUUUUUUGGCUUUUUUUUGUUAUUUGAAUGUGAAUAAAUACUAUUUUUUAAAUUUCAAAUUAAAAAAAAGUUAAAAAUUUGACUUUUAGAAACACUAACACCACAAUCGACGUCAUUCGUAUGACACCUGACUUCCUGUUAAUGGCAUGCUAUGGUAGUACUAGGAACGUUUGUAUGACUGUGAAAGAUACCGACGUAAAUGGCAAGUAUCUUUGUCUUGAUGUUGAGUACAAGUCUCCGAGAGGUCAACGAGAAAUGGAGUUUAAGAACAUUAAACAGUUUUCUUUUGCUGACAUGUGUGUGGACAUAUACGAUGAGUAGGUUACUGUAAUUUUAUUUGGAAUAUAUCGAUAUAUGUAUUAGAUUUAGUACGGUAAGGUAGAGAAACAUAAGAUAACAUAGGGUAGGGUAGGGUAGGGUAGGGUAGGGUAGGGUAGGGUAAGGUAAGGUAAGGAUAGGCAAGGCAAAGUAAAGUAGGGUACGGCAGGGUAAAAUAAGGUAAUAUAAGUCAGGGUAGGACAAACCAAGGUGAGACAAUGUAAGAGAGAGUUGAUAAGGGUAACAUAUGAACAUUCUAUGGUAACUGUGUGUAUAAACUGAUUUCUUUUCAGUAAGUUCGAAAAAAUUGUGAAAACCGGAGUGCCAAUUCAUGAAUUGAACCAGUACAUUGUAAAAUCAUAUCAGGGCUCAACAAAUGCUGAGAGUAAGUUUGUUUGAGUAAAGGAAAGUAUGGCGUGUAUCACAGUAAAAACUAGAAUAAUAAUGAUAAUGUCGGUUUUUACAGUUUUCUUUAUUUUUUGAAAGGUUUUUUUAAUUUUUAUGUUUACAGAGACUUUCGAUUCAAUCUUCGAUCCAGACGAAUUCAUAGGCACUAUGGACUUUUCUCUCUGUAAGUGACAGGCAUAUUAUGAUACGUUUAACACAGGGUCUUUUCAUUUUUUUAGUUUGUAGCGGUUAGUACAACAAGGCAAGUUAUUGUAAAAAUAAGGCGAGGCAAAAUAAGGCAAGGUAAGGUAUUAUAAGGUAUGGUAAGAUAAAGUAAGGUAAGCUAACAAGGAAAGUACCCUACCCGCCCCGCUCAGAACCAGCUCAAAAUUUUUAUAUGUAUCUCUUGUACCACCAAUAGUAUCUACAAAAAUUUUAGCUCGCGCUUUUGAGUUUUAAAUUUAAAUUAUUUGGGUUUUCCGUCAAUUUGGCAAAUUUGGCAUUGUGUUUCAAGCACUUUUUUGACUUUCUGGCCAAGCCAAACAUACAAAUUUUAAAAGGUAGAUUUUUUAAAGGUAUUCUACUAGAAUAUCAAAGAAAAAUGUUUGGAAGUCAAAAAAUGACACAGUUGUAAGCUUUAAACACAAUGCCAAUUUGGCUGGAAAUUCAAAAAGUAAUGUUUUGAUCUCGAUUUUCUCGAGAAUCCCUGGGAAGCGCGAUUUAGUAUUUUGCUGAAGAUCUUAUAUUUACAUGAUCUUUCUUUAUAAAAAGUUUGAAGACAAUCAGUGCGGGGCAGGUCGGGUACUUUCAUUGUAAGCCAAGCUAAGGUAAGGUAAAAGUAAGGAAAAUUAUGGUAGGGUAAGAUAUUGUAAUACAAAUUAGGAUAGAGUAGGACAUAGUAAUGGGGUUGUUUUCUUUUUUGAUUUCUUGAGCCAUUUAAUUUCCAAUUUCAGUUAUAAUAUAAAUAUAUUGUUUUACAGAUAUCAACAACAGUUUUACGUUUUCGUGUUCGGCCAAGGGGCAAAUGUUAAAGCCGUUAAAUGUUCGAUUCUGCACUGGCCACUUUUGUAAUUGGCUUGAUGAGAAGAUGAGGCCACCUGAGGUAGGAAAGAUAUAUUACUAGUACCGGGGGUACUUUGGUUGAUUUUUUUUUAUUUUGAAAAGUUUUUUUGAAAUUUUUGGAAUGUUAUCAUAAAUUCCAAUUUCAGAACCGUUGCCCAACCUUGCUAGCACUAAGCAAUGAAAAAUGCUUUUGGGUUGUGGAUAAUGGCAGAUUCCUCACCCUAAACAACUUCCACACCUUGCAUAAACGCUUCUACACGCUUACGCCUAAGAAAGUACCGUAUAUUGAACUGGAAGGCUACAGAACCGAGUUCUGUUUGAAUUACACUAGCUGGGAUGAAUACGUUUUUAAACAAGUCUACCUUACUUUCGAAGGUAAUGUUGCAUUUACAUUGUUUUAAGGGAGUAGAAGGGUCGUUUUGGAGGAAUAUAGUAGACUUGUGAUAUAACAAUGGUACGGUAGGGUUAAGUAGGGUUAUGCUGGCAAAGGAAGGGUUGAUCAUUGUAGGGUAGGGUACCGUAGGGUUGGGUAGAAGUUUUUUGAAAUUGACUUUGAUAUUUUUAGCCAAACUGCCAUCUGUAAAUACAACAGAAGUAGAAGACGGCAUUGCUCAUUAUUGUCAAACUAGCACUGGCAUCAUUGAACAAGGCGUGCCGGUGAAUCUUACAGAAAGAUUUACUGUGAUAUGUAAGUAAUUUAAUAUGUUGAGUAUAUAGAUUGAAAUCCCCUCCCCUCUUUUCUUUUUCCUACCUUUCUUCCCGUCUUUCUGUCUUCUUGCCCCCCCCCCUCAUACCAUUUCUCCAUCACCUCUACCCCGCUUUCAGGUUCUUGAUGUUGGGUUGUUCAAAUAAUUCUGUGCUUUCUUUUAAAGCAAAUCUUUGGGAUUAAGAGACACAGUAUUAUUUGAACAACCUAAUAUUAUAAGGAAUAAUUUUUAGCUUCACCAUAUCAUGGUAAAUUUACUUGUACUAUCAGAUUGAACAAAGCUAAAAGGGGCGGUACGAAGGUGUUGAUGGACGUAUCGGUAAGUACUGACAAAUUUUUUUUUAUUUUGUUAAAAUUGAUAUUUUAGUUCAACGAUGACUCUUGCAAACCGAUAACUAAGAUUCCCACUGACAAGUGUAAGUCGUACCUUUUUAUCAAGAUUUUCACUUUUCAGGUUGUUCAAAUAAUUCGGUGUCUCCUAACCUUAAAAAUUUAUUUCAAGAAGGGGUACAGAAUUAUUUGAAUAACCAAUAAUAUUUGAUUUUAGUUUAGUCAAAGUUCAAACAAAAAAGCAUAAAAAGCAGUAUCGAUAUUACCCAUGUGUACAUAAUAGAAAUGCCUUUUUAACCUAAAUUGUAUUUUUAAGUAUAUUACGAUUUUGUUUUUAGACACUUCUCCUAUUUGCCAUGAACCACAAGUAGUAAGAUUGUUAUCAGAUGGGUCAUAUAAUGAAAGGUAAGGUUUUAAAAAUUAAUUUUGAAUUUUUAUAUUAUAGUAGGCUCCGUAGAAGUUUCUAUUAUGGUUUUAGAGAAGAGAUGUAUUAUAUAUGAAGAAAAAAGCAUUUUACGUUGAUUCAAAAGUAUAUUUUGCUAAUUCAAAUUCCGAUUUAAAAAAAACCUUUAUUUCAGCGAUUUUAAGCCAUUUUUUACCUACACUGACAUCUACGCACUGUCUCAAUUGGCUAAUGAAGUUGCGCUUUACAAUGACAGUGGCAAUUCGUAUCAAAUAAACAGGUGUUUGAAUAGAAUUAACGAGCCAAUUAGUUGCCGAGGACAGUGUUACAUGUACAGACACGAGUAUAAUAAGGUGGGUUACUUUAUGGUAGACUAAGUGAACAUGUUGUUGUAUUAUGGGUUAAAUGAGCUGUUUGGUGAAUUCUUGAAAGGCUCAGAACGGUAAAAGGGUUAAGAAAAACUUGGCUUGAAGCUGUGGUAUAAAGAAAGCCUACUAUUAGAAAAACAGCGUUUAAGGUUAAUAAUUACAGGGUACUAAUAAAAAACCUCUUCAGAUAUCUCAAGGAUGCACGGACGACUUGGACCAUGAGGCAUUUAACGAAGCAACGGCUUGUAGAUUGAAAAAGAAUGGUGAUUUUAUGUACAAAAAUCAAUGCUUUUUCAUCAGUGGUCCUUUGGAGAACCGGCUUGAUUACUUUAGUUCAAAUGGAGUAAGUUUAUAAAGGUUUUGGAGGUAAAGGAAUGCUCAUCAUGUUCAUGCCUACCUAACUCUACUUUAUUAUACCAUACCCUAUUCUGCCCUGCUUAUAACUUAGCCUAUCUAACCCUACUUUGCCUUAUUUUAACCUACCCUACUCUAGCCUACCCCACUCUAGCCUAAUCUACAUUACCCUACUCUACCUUAACACAACUUUUCAGGUCCUAUGUUGUAUAAGUAGCAAAAGCCAUUUGUCUCACCGUGAUGUGAUUGAAAAGUACAAACAAGGACUACCACAACCAGAAGAGCUCAAUAUCACUCGAGUCGGCAGCUUGAACUAUAAUUACCAUGAAGAUGACGUUCAGAUUCAACAUUUGUUCCCACGAGAAGUCGAACGGUUCCAUAUUGACCUAUGA